AUGCGCGUUACUCAGGUUAUCGCUACUCUUGCGCCUAUCGGCCUUGUCGCCGCCGGUCCACUACACGGUCAUCGCGGCCAUUCGCAUCUCCAUCAUCUCCACCAUCGCUCUGUCAACAGCACUCUUUCCAACUCUACCACGACAGAUUCUGCCAAUUCUACGAUCUACGCUGAUCACGUUUCAUACGAGACUUCUACAGUCAAUGUCGUUGCUAACUUUGCAGAUGGUACUGAUGCCAACUUUGCAAGCUCAGAAGUAGCAUCAAGCACCAUCUCAGAACCAACUUCCUCCACAACUGCGCAGUCAGAAACUGCUUACUCAACAUUGUCAUUCACUUCCGAUGGUUCGUAUGCGAGCGGGUCUCCUUCGAACACAUCAUUGGCCUUGACCGUUUCAAGUGCUAUUCCUUCCGACGCAUCUAUUGCCAUCCUACGUGCUGUCGUAGCCACAACUCCUACCGCUGUCGGCGCACUCUCCCAGACUGUUGAUACCACCACCAGUGUUUCUGUCGACACUGUCUACAACACUAUCACUGGAGCCAACGGAGCUGUCACCACCGCAUCUGCAAGCGAGAAGACUGUCACCGUCACGGACGUGGUUACCAACUAUGUCACCGCCACCUUCUCGGCAUUGGCACCUUUCAAGGCUCCUGCCAUCAAGGUCGCUGCCCUCUCUUCUGGAUCCUCUUGUGCUGCCAUCAAGACUAGCAUCGUCUACCUUCCCGCCAGCCAGUCGCCAACUCUUGUCGCUGGAGGUACUGCUUCCAGCAAAGUGUCUUCUGCUACCUCCAAGGCUACCAGCCAAACCACAGUCAGGUAUGUGUCUCAGUCUGCUUUGAAGUCAAGUUCUUCCUCCCUAAAAAAGUCGAGUACAUCUUCCAAAAAGACGAGCACCACUUCCAAAAAGCCUAGCACUACAUCAAAGAAAGCGAGCAGCACCUCCACAAAAUUGAGUACUCCUGCCGUGAUUUCUUUGGCUACCAAGAAAGUUUCAACCACAAGCAAGAAAUCGAGCACAUCUUCCAAGAAGACCACUGUUUCCUCUGCUAAACAGGUCACCAGCACUGCAUCUACCAAGAAGGCUACAACUUCUUCGACCAAGCAAGCCACGACGUCGACCAAGAAGGCCACAACUUCAUCCACUAAGCAGGCCACUACUCUGAUCUCCUUGACUUCUCUGGCUCAGAAGGGUGUUACCACCAAGAGCGUUGUCACGACUUCCAGCAUUCCUGCCCACGUAUCGAGCAACGUUUACCAGACCACUUCAUCUGCCAAGUCAUCGACCAAGAGUGCCGCUUCUUCUUCGAAGGCCAGCUCUUCCAAGGCCAGCGCAUCUUCUUGCGCUGCUGUGGCACCUCCUGCCUCGACUCAAACUGGUAUUGUCUCUGGUUGUACCAAGUGGUAUACUGCCAAGUCUGGUGAUUACUGCUAUGCCAUUGCUUCUGCAAAUGGCAUCUCUACCGACACCUUUAUGUCUUGGAACCCUGCUGUGAAUGCACCCUCUUGCAACAACAUCCAGUAA